GCCUGGGGGGCCCUGGGGGUAGUCGGGCAGCCGUCCUCGUCCAACAGUGGGUCAGUUACGCAGACACGGAGCUGAUACCAGCUGCCUGUGGGGCAACGCUGCCAGCCUUGGGACUCCGAAGCUCUGGCCAGGACCCCCAGGUGAGAAGAAGCGCAGAGGGGAAGGGGGAAAUUUAGAAGAAGGAAGCAAGACUUGGAAUGGAUGGUGAGCCAGGAACUCAGCAUGUCAGACGUAGAAAAAAAUUGAUCGUAUUCCAGAUUGCCACCUGCUAUGGUAAUCUUGGGUAGCUUUCUUAAACUCUUUGAGCCUUGGUCUUUUUAUGUCUGUGAAAACAAAAAUUGAGAACAUGUUGAGAAGUUGAAAAGAUGUGUGCAGAGUCUAGUGCCAUAAUCUAGUGCCAGGUGUUUUAAAGUCUCAGAGUAAGCGUUUGAUGAAUCUGAAACUGAUGAGGUUAGUUAGAGGUUACUGUGAAUUGUAGAAAAGAUUGGGUGAAGGAGAGAUGAGGAGAGGCAGUCAGGCCUGGAGAGAUGACAGUUGCUGGGAGAAGAUGGAGGAGAAAUGAAAUGAGGAAGAAGGGAAGUAGGAGAAAGGAGAGAGAAUCACACCAGAUUAUAAUUAAAUUCUUCUUGAGUGGAGCUGUGCUUUACUGCCCUUAUAACACCACCUCCUUGCAGAGUAUUGAGGACAUGGUGGAUAUCUAGUAUUUUUUGAAUGAAUGAAUGAAUGAAAUGAAUAUAUGACUUAGAUCCUGGUUUGUUCCCUCAUAUCCUGACUACCCUAUGUAAAUAGCGGCCCCCCUCAUUGGAAUUCUCUGUCCCCCUCAGCUUCAUUUAUUUUUCUUCAUAGCACUUAGGAGGAAAAUAGGGUAAUACAUUAUAUAUUUGCACAUUUAUUGUCUCCGCCCCUAGAAUGUAAAUUUCAACAGGUCAGAGGCUCCAUCUGUUCAUAUUGUCUCCUCAUUCAUUAGAGAAGGCCUGGCAUGCAGUAAGUACUUAAAAAAUAUUUGUUGAAGCAGUUACUGUGUUGCUUCAUGUAACCUUUAACUUCCUGUGCUUAGUAUAUUGUAUCUGACAUAUAAGUGUUUAGUAGGCAGUCCAGUGGUUAAGACUCCACGCUUCCACUGCCUGGGGCGCGGGUUCGAGCCCUCUUUGGGGAACUAAGAUCCCGCAUGCUGCGUGGUAUGGCCAAAAAAAAAAAAAAAAGUGUUCAGUAGGAAUUUAUUGAAUGAAUGGGAAGUAUUUUUAUUAUGAUCAUUUCAGUGAAGAAGGAACGUGAUUUGUGGGAAUGGAAGGCCAAAUGGAUUGAAUGGGGGUGGGGAUUGAGGUGGGCCGAGCCUUAUCUCAUACCCCUUUUCCUUCCUGUUAGGCUGCACUUGCGGCCCUGGGCAGGGCCCUGAGCCCCUUGGAAGAGUGGCUUCGGCUGCACACCUACUUGGCUGGAGAGGCUCCCACUCUGGCUGACCUGGCGGCUGUCACAGCUUUGCUGCUGCCUUUCCGUUAUUUCAUUUCUUCUCCCCACCCCAGGUCCUGGACCCCUCUGCCCGCCGGAUUUGGGGUAAUGUGACUCGCUGGUUUAUCACAUGUGUCCAGCAGCCAGAAUUCCGGGCCGUGCUGGGAGAGGUGGCUGUGUAUUCAGGGGCCAGGCCUCUCUCCCAACAGCCAGGCUCUGAGGUCCCUGCACCCCCAAAGACAGCUGCUCAACUCAAGAAAGAGGCAAAGAAACGGGAGAAGCUAGAGAAAUUCCAACAGAAGCAGAAGGUCCAACAGCAGCAGCCACCCCCUGGGGAGAAGAAGCCAAAACCAGAGAAGAGGGAGAAACGGGAUCCUGGGGUCAUUACCUAUGACCUUCCAACCCCACCUGGAGAAAAGAAAGAUGUCAGUGGCACCAUGCCUGACUCCUACAGCCCUCAGUAUGUGGAGGCUGCCUGGUACCCUUGGUGGGAGCAGCAGGGCUUCUUCAGGCCCGAGUAUGGGCGUUCCAGUGUGUCAGCACCAAAUCCUCGGGGCAUCUUCAUGAUGUGCAUUCCACCCCCCAACGUGACAGGCUCUCUGCACCUGGGCCACGCGCUCACCAACGCCAUCCAGGACUCCCUGACCCGAUGGCACCGCAUGCGCGGGGAGACCACCCUGUGGAAUCCUGGCUGUGACCACGCGGGCAUUGCCACCCAGGUGGUGGUGGAGAAGAAACUCUGGCGCGAGCAGGGGCUGAGUCGGCACCAGCUGGGCCGAGAGGCCUUUCUGCGGGAGGUCUGGAAGUGGAAGGAGGAGAAAGGUGACCGGAUUUACCACCAGCUGAAGAAGCUUGGCAGCUCCUUGGACUGGAAUCGAGCCUGUUUCACCAUGGAUCCUAAACUGUCAGCAGCCGUGACGGAGGCCUUUGUCCAGCUCCAUGAGGAAGGAGUCAUCUACCGUAGUACCCGCCUUGUCAACUGGUCCUGCACCCUCAACUCUGCCAUCUCGGACAUCGAGGUGGAUAAGAAGGAGUUGACAGGCCGCACACUGCUCUCUGUGCCUGGCUACAAGGAGAAGGUGGAGUUUGGGGUCCUCGUCUCCUUUGCUUACAAGGUCCAAGGCUCAGACAGCGACGAGGAGGUGCUGGUGGCAACAACUCGGAUUGAGACGAUGCUGGGAGACGUGGCCGUAGCCGUGCACCCCAAAGACCCCAGAUACCAGCACCUGAAGGGGAAGAGCGUGACCCACCCGUUCGUGUCUCGGAGCCUCCCCGUCAUCUUCGAUGAUUUUGUGGACAUGGAGUUCGGCACAGGCGCGGUGAAGAUCACCCCUGCACACGACCAGAAUGACUAUGAGGUUGGGCAGCGGCAUGGGCUGGAGGCCAUCAGCAUCAUGGACGCCCAAGGGGCCCUUGUCAACGUGCCCCCACCUUUCCUGGGCCUGCCCAGGUUUGAGGCCAGAAAGGCAGUGUUGGCGGCGCUGAAGGAGCGGGGACUGUUCCGUGGCACUGAGGACAACCCCAUGGUGGUGCCACUUUGCAACCGCUCCAAGGAUGUGGUGGAGCCUCUUCUGCGGCCGCAGUGGUACGUGCGCUGUGGGGAGAUGGCCCAGGCCGCCAGCGCUGCUGUGACACGGGGCGACCUCCGCAUCCUGCCCGAGGCCCAUCAACGCACAUGGCAUGCCUGGAUGGACAACAUCAGGGACUGGUGCAUCUCCCGGCAGCUGUGGUGGGGCCAUCGCAUUCCAGCCUAUUUCGUCACUGUCAGUGACCCAGCUGUACCCCCAGGGGAGGACCCUGAUGGGCGGUACUGGGUGAGCGGGCGCACCAAGGCCGAGGCUCUGGAGAAGGCAGCCGAGGAGUUCGGAGUGUCCCCGGACAAGAUCAGUCUCCAGCAAGAUGAAGACGUACUGGACACCUGGUUCUCCUCUGGCCUCUUCCCCUUCUCCAUCCUGGGCUGGCCCAACCAGUCGGAAGAUCUGAGUGUGUUCUACCCGGGGACGCUGCUGGAGACGGGCCACGAUAUCCUCUUCUUCUGGGUGGCCAGGAUGGUCAUGCUUGGCCUGAAGCUCACUGGCAGGCUGCCCUUCAGAGAGGUCUACCUCCACGCCAUCGUGCGGGAUGCCCACGGCCGGAAGAUGAGCAAGUCUCUAGGCAACGUCAUUGACCCCCUGGACGUUAUCCACGGAGUCUCUCUGCAGGGCCUCCACGACCAGUUACUGAACAGCAACCUGGAUCCCAGCGAGGUGGAAAAGGCUAAAGAAGGGCAGAAGGCAGAUUUCCCGGCGGGGAUCCCUGAGUGUGGCACCGAUGCUCUCCGGUUUGGACUGUGCGCCUACACGUCCCAGGGCCGUGACAUCAACCUGGAUGUGAACCGGAUAUUGGGAUACCGCCAUUUCUGCAACAAGCUCUGGAACGCCACCAAGUUUGCCCUCCGUGGCCUUGGGAAGGAUUUUGUGCCCUCACCCACCUCUGAGCCUGGAGGCCGCGGGAGCCUGGUGGACCGCUGGAUCCGCAGCCGGCUGACCGAAGCUGUGAGGCUCAGCAACCAGGGUUUCCAGGCCUACGACUUCCCAGCUGCCACCACCGCCCAGUACAGCUUCUGGCUCUACGAGCUCUGUGAUGUGUACCUGGAGUGCCUGAAGCCUGUGCUGAGUGGGGUGGACCAGGUGGCGGCCGAGCACGCCCGCCAGACCCUCUACACCUGCCUGGACGUCGGCCUGCGGCUGCUCUCGCCCUUCAUGCCCUUUGUGACCGAGGAGCUGUUCCAGAGGCUGCCCCGGCGGACGCCACAAGCUCCCCCUAGCCUCUGCGUUACCUCCUACCCAGAGCCCUCGGAGUGCUCCUGGAAGGACCCUGAGGCGGAAGGCGCCUUCGAGCUGGCCCUGAGCAUCACUCGAGCCGUGCGCUCCCUGCGUGCCGACUACAACCUCACCCGGAUCCGGCCCGACUGUUUCCUGGAAGUGGCUGAUGAGGCCACAGGCGCCCUGGCAUCAGCAGUGUCGGGCUAUGUGCAGACGCUGGCCAGCGCGGGUAUAGUGGCUGUCCUGGCGCUGGGGGCUUCUGCACCCCAGGGCUGCGCUGUGGCCCUGGCUUCUGACCGCUGCUCUGUCCACCUGCAGCUGCAGGGCCUGGUAGACCCGGCCCGGGAGCUGGGCAAACUGCAGGCCAAGCGCAGUGAGGCGCAGCGGCAGGCCCAGCGUCUACGGGAACGCCGCGCUGCCUCGGGCUACACUGUCAAGGUGCCCCUCAAAGUCCAGGAGGCAGAUGAAGCCAAGCUCCAGCAGACAGAAGCAGAGCUCAGGAAGGUCGAUGAGGCCAUCUCCCUAUUUCAGAAGAUGCUGUGAUACACCCAACUCCAACCCUAGUAACUCCCAGUGUUCCACCUUGGGGAUGGCAGCAAUAAAAUAUUUUGCCACAAAA